AAAGUGCAAUACCACGCCUGUGCUGUAGGUGUCAGUGCAGGCAGCGGGGACAUGAACAGUUGCUGAACGACAGAAACAAGACUGUAAAUAUUAAGACCAGAAGCUGCUCAGCUACUAUGAAACCUAGAUGUUUCUUUUAUUAAACAAAAAAAAAGAAACUGGGAAUGAUUGAAUAUAUUUCCGCUGUGAUAUCCGAAUCUUGAAUUCAUCAAUUAAAUAUAUUUAACUAGUCGGAUGCAGUAUUAUUUGCGAGUUUUGACUUUGAUAGCCAGCUGAGCAGCUACUUAGCCGAACAAGCGUUACCCACAGGCUUUACCUUGAAUAAGAUAGUAAACAUGAACUCUCUGGUUGGUUAUGGGGUGUCCUCGGAGUCUGACAGCGAUGGAGAAGUGGAUAAUGCAAACAACGAUGCAGUUUGUUGUGUCAAGGAGAUGCGUGAUGAGAAAUCAGCUGUCAAAAGGACCCGCAACUUGUUGGAGCCUGGUUCAUCUUCCAGUGAGUCAGGCAGUGAAGCAGAGCAGGAAGAAGACCCCCAGCCUUCUUCUUCAUCAUCAUCAUCACCACCACCACCACCACGUCAUCCUCGAACACCAGCAGCAGCUUUUCCUGCAGCCCACCAGCAGCCAAGUCUUCCUCCUCCUUCUCUGGGUUUGCUCACCUCCUAUAAAUUGCCUCAUCCUUCCCUAAAUUCCUGCUCCGACAGCAGCGUGUUUGCCAAUCCUUUCAAGGCUCAAGCGGAACAGAAGCUCAGCGCCUUGCAGAAACACGUCCCCCUCACAAUGCAGGCCAAGCCCUCCCAGAUAGGAGGCAAAAGGGUGUGCGUCUCCUACAGGAAAGAUGGGAGGUGCAGGUUUGGCAUCAAAUGCAAGUACGCUCAUGACAGUGACCUACAGACCACAGUCACUCCUACCGACUGUCUCCCUCCCGUGAACGAACAAACGCCGGCGUCCGAUUCGGUCGAGGCUAAAGAAGGUGGUUCCACAUCCCAGACCCUCCAGCUAGAAACGAAAGAGGAAGAGUCAGGGGGGCAACAAGGGAAGAGGAGGAAGAUUGGACUGAGUAACACCAUGAUUCCCCCCAAACGAGCUAUGAAGCAGUACGCCAUGAUUCGGGACAGAGAGCGGCUCAAUAUGUCCUGAUGGGAUUCUUUAUAAGCUGUUACACGUUUCUGUCACAAAGCAAUAGUGUUGGGAUGACAUGUAGAAGGUUUGCACAGUACAUUGUGUGAUCAAUAAUGACUCAGGCUUACACAUACUGUACAUCUGGCAGUUUCUCUUCUCCACAUUUACACUCUCGCACAUGUUAGGGCCAUUUGGUUUGGGAUUAAACACCCAAAGAUAAGACUACUGAUCGCUUAAAGUCGAAAAUGUAACAUCCCCACUUGAAAUUAAAAACAUAAAAACAUA